CGCCCCCGGAAGUGGACUUCGCUUCUUUAGAGGCGGUGCGUCCGUGCCCGAGGCUCGUGGGUCUGCGGCCGGAGCGCUUGGCGCCGGAGCUCGAGGGGCGGGCCUGCUGCCGCCAUGGCCGGGAGUCACGACAUGUUCGACACCAUCGUGAUGGCGGAUGACAGGUUUCACGGGGAAGGUUAUCAGGAAGGCUACGAAGAAGGAAGUAGCUUGGGUAUGAUUGAAGGAAGACAGUAUGGCACGUUACAUGGAGCUAAAAUCGGAUCUGAGAUCGGGUGCUACCAAGGUUUUGCUUUUGCUUGGAGAUGUCUCCUGCACGGCUGCACCACUGAGAAAGACAGCAAAAAGAUGAAGGUCUUAGAAUCGUUGAUUAGAAUGAUUCAGAAAUUCCCUUAUGAUGACCCUACUUAUGAUAAACUUCAUGAAGACUUAGAGAGAAUUAGAGGGAAAUUUAAGCAGCUUUGUUCAUUACUAAACGUCCAGCCCGACUUUAAAAUUAGCGCACAAGGUUCCGGACUUUCAUUUUGAGGAUGACAGACGCACAAAGACGAAACAUCAGGGAACAGAUGUUCGUAUGUUAAGUGUUUAAAAAUGUGAUUAAAGGCAAAACAAUGA